AUGGCAGACAGUGCGAUACAGCCUGCAGAGGCAACAACAUCCUCAGCACUCCGGACUCCGACAAAUUUGAACCGACCCCCCUCCCCCACGCCAGAAGCGCCCCUCGCCGAUACAAGCAACAACGACGAGAACAGCGCCAACCAACCUCACACACUGCCCGGCCACAUCAAGACUCGCAUCGCGACACAAAAAGACAAGAUUACCGACAAGACCGAGCGUUUACGAGACAAAGAGCAUCCUCCAGGUGGCUAUGAUGACACACCUCUACCCACGGCCGCAGGGCCUACGUACACUCUAAAGUUUACCUUCCACCGGGCAACGAACCUUCCCGUGGCCGAUUUUGGCAGCUCGUCGUCGGAUCCUUUUAUUCGUGCUACUUUGACAGUGCCAGCCAUCACCAAGCGCCACGACGAAGACCCGGACAUGGUGCAUCGCACGCGUACCAUCCAUAAAACGACAGAACCGGUGUGGGACGAGGAGUGGGUGGUGGCUGGCAUCCCCGCGUCGAACCAAGGCUUCAAGCUCAAGUGCCGCCUGUACGACGAGGAUUCGACCGACCACGAUGACCGUCUGGGCAAUGUCACAGUCGAGGUGCCGUCAUUCACGGGCCGCAACUGGCCCGGCAUAGAACACGCGACCUUUGACGUCAAGAAGCGCAUGGGCAGCAAGCGGGCAUAUCUCCUCAAAGCAGCUGCAGCGGCCCUGACAAGCACAAAGUUGACACCAACGCUCGAGCUCAGCAUUUCCGUCGUUGGCGAGGACGUGCAUCACAGAGAGGACGGCCAGGGUAUGCGGAUGUACACCGUUGGUCCGACGGGCUUUGUACGCCACUUUUCUCCGAUGAUUGGCCGCAUCACUAACACCCUCGUCAACCGCGACGAGCGCCACGACGAGGACGGUGCGGAGACUGUGCAAGAUGCCCAAGCGCCUGCUGCGACGGCACCCUCUUUGGCGUCAGCUCCAGAUCGCACUACAACAGCCGGGAACGAAAAGAGCGAGAAGGACGAGGAGGACGAUAAGAAGGCGGCGGAUGCAAAGCAGGAUAAAGCUAGCGGCAGCACGAAGAAGUACGACUUCCAGGCCAACGAAAUCCAGCUACAGGGUCCCGUUCCUGCGGGACUGUACCACCGCUAUGUUGAGUUCCGGCCCAUCAUCGGCCGCAUGUUCUCGUCGCACGGCUUGCGUGGCCGCAUCCUCAACAAAGCCCUGCACAAGCAGCACAAUCGCGUGUACAAUUUCAGCCGAUCGACCGAGUAUGGUACUUUCCCGCCCUGCUCCGAUGAGGCAUCUUUGCAGUUCCUGAAGCUCGCCCACUUUGACGAGGGCGGCCGCAUCUUCACAUACAUGAUCUCCCUUGAUGGCGUCUUCCGCUUUACCGAAACCGGCAAGGAGUUUGGCAUCGACCUGCUUUCGAAGCACACCAUGCAUUCGGACGUUGCGACUUACAUUGCGAUUUCUGGAGAGUUCUUUAUUCGGCGUCUGGCCGACCCUUCUGGCUCGUCGAACCCGCAGCCGGACAUGCCCACGCACCCGCCCGCAGCAUCGCUCUCCGGUGGCCCACCCGACGAGGAGCCGCCGACUCACCAGCCAGGCUAUUACCAACUCGUCAUAGACAACGACUCUGGCACCUACAGACCUGAUAAGUCGCUGCUUCCUCUCCUCAAGGAGUUCCUUGAACGGAACUUUCCGGGCCUCGGCAUCGUCUGCAUGCAUUGGGAGGACGAGACACUGCAAAAGAUGAAGAGCGAGCAACAUGAGAGUAAGAAACGCGAAGGCGGGGGGGUGCACCUUGUCCUCAACCGUAGCCCUAGCAGCAGCUCGGUCAGCUCAUCCGACGAAAGUCGUUUGAGCGACAUGGACGACGACAUAGAAGGGGCGCACACCGAAGGCGGCGGCGGCCACGGUCACCACAAGACCAAGAAGGAGGUGGCAUGGGACCUACUCGAGGACCCCUCUCGCAUCAAAGAUUUGCAUAGUGCGAUGCUCAAGCACAAUAUCGGCGAUGAAAAGUGA